AUGUGCAAUCAGUGGGCGAAGAGAGGUGGCAUAUUUAAUCGGGUCCAAACCCUAGAUGGGAUCUUAAACACAUGGAAAGCAGGUGGAAGUCUUGGGCCAAAGGCAAAGAACAAACAAGGCCAGUCAUCAAGACAAUUAAACUAUAUACACCGGCUCAUACUCCAUCAAUCUAGGGCUACCAUAGCCCUCUAUAUCCUAGUCUCCGAAUACUCCACUCUGUUGAACGAAGAACCGAUUCUGCGACACACCAAGGUAUCUAAAUAUGCUGUAAAAAGUCCGGGGGUGCAAUGA